AUGAAGAUUCUUACCAAGGAAGAAGAGGCCGCGCACUACCGGUCGGUCGUCCAAGGAGGUUCCUUUGGCACCGUCAUUGGUCUUGUCGGCGGUGUCGCCGGCGUCAUGGCCGCAUCUCGCCGUUUCCACACAAUCCGCAACCUGACUCUACCCAUGAAGGCCUUCCUUGUCACAUCCAGCGGUACAUUCCUCGGCAUCAUCGCCGCCGACCAUGCCUCUCGCCAGUUCGAGGCAGAUCGCAACGAGAACCUCAAAUACCUCGAGAACCGCGAGGAGCGAUUGCGCCACGAGGAACUCGCACACAUGACCUUCUCGGACCGGGUGGGCGCCUGGGCUCGUGAAGAGAAAUACAAAAUCAUCGGCGCGAGCUGGGUGGCGUCUUUGAUUGGAAGCUUCGCACUAGUGGGCCGGAACCCGUACCUGAGCGGAGCUCAGAAGAUCGUGCAGGCUCGUGUCUAUGCGCAGGGCCUUACGCUGGCGGUCAUGUGUGCCACUGCCGCCUUUGAGAUUCACGAUCAGCGCAAGGGUCAGGGAAUCGUCGACGCGGCUAAGAAGGGCCGUGAGGCUGCCAAAAAGGAACAACCGGAGAACCACCACGUCCGACGAGACGAUACUGCCGACUUGUGGCGUGACAUGGUUGCUGCUGAGGAAGAGAAACUCAAGAAGGGCCACAAGCCUCUGUUCGAACAUGAACUGAAGGAACACAACAGCCCGACCGCCGCCAUCCGUGAAAAACAGGAACACCAGAACGAAUCAAAAGAAUCCAAGAAGCCAGUUACAAAAACGAGAAAGAGCGAGACCGUGAAGAAGAGCGAAGACGAAAAGAUUGAAGUGAACGAGGACAAGCCCGAAGAAAAAUCAGAGGAGGAAGAGGCAAAGGAGGAAGAGAAGAAGAGUGAUAGCGAGUAA